GUGAAUAUAUUCGUCUUUAUAUACACACCAUAUAAUCAGAUUAAAAGAAAAAAAAAUGAACCCUCCACGGAAAUUUCAUUCGGUUUGAAUAUGGACCUGAUUGUCAAACCUUCAAUAAUAAAGAAAAAAAACAUGUACUCCUAUAACGUACCAAGUCACUCCUUAACAUUUAACAUAAUCAGCCUAGACUUGACCCAUCCCAAAUUCAAUCCAACUGAAAUUUCUGUUCAAAUGCUUACUCAUUUACAUCAAACUUUUUUCUUUUUAUUUGACGAGAACACAUCAAACAUUUAUAUGCUUAAAUACUCACCCAAAUAUCCCAUCUUUCAACUCCCUUCACACAAUCAUACUUUCUCUCUCGUCUCCAAGACUGCAACUUCAUUCUUUUAUCCUCAACGAACCUUCAAUAUUUCCAUCAAUGGCGGCAGAUUGGUCUGAACUUCCUUCAGAACUCUUAGAACUCAUCUUCAACCUCACUAAUACUUCUUUAGAAACCCGCCAUUUUCGCUCUGUUUGUUCUUCUUGGCGUUCCUCUGUUCCUGCUAAACAACCCACUACUCAUUUUCUCUCUCCUCCAAUCAAACUCUUCAACUCUGAAGAAACCCAUAAUCUCGACCUUCGUUUGGUCAAACAAUCCAUCUUUCUAGUUUCUCUCUCCUCUGACCCUGAUUCUUGUUGGGUCAUCAAAACUGAGGAGAACAAAACAGGGGUGUUACGCCUUUUGAGCCCUUUCUCUAAGAGGAAUUUUAUCAAACACUUAAACUGCAAUGCUUUAGACCUUACGAAUGUUGAUGUUUUUGAGAUUGGGUGUGAGUAUGUUCUUCGUAAUAUUAAUAAGACUAAUGAUCAUAUGAUGAGGUUGUAUGACAUGGAGAAUGAGAAAGUAACUUUUUCAUUUUUGGGUAAAAAUGAUUUUACUGACAAUUUUGUCAUCCUAUCUACUCAGAAUUCCACCGGUAAAUUAUUGAUGUACAAGUCUUGUUUACAAGAAUGGGCUGUUUUGGACGAUGUUGCCCUUGGUUAUGAAGAUAGAGGUGAAUUUUGUUACGAUUGGUCGGUGCGUUAUGUUGAUGUGUUGGAAUAUGAGGGGAAAUUUUAUGCCGUGACUGAUUCAGGUAGAACUGUUGUUAUUGAAAUUGGUGAUGAUUUUACUGUUGUGGUGAAUUUAAUGGUAAAGUCGAUUAUCGGGGGUGAUAAAAAGUGUUUGGUAAAAUCAGGUGCGGAUUUACUAUUAGUAGAUAUGUACACUUGUUCGGACACGGGAUCAAUUGAUGUAAAUGCAAUUGAUGUUUUUAAGUUGGAUAAGGUGGACAAAAGAUGGGUUUUGCUUAAAAGUUUGGAAAAUCGUUCGAUUUUUCUAAGCACCAAUUCUUCAUUUUCUGCCAAUAGUUUGCAUGGCCUUAAAGAAAAUUGCAUAUAUUUUUCGUUUAAGAACUUAGGUAAUGAGAAAAAGGACGGAAAUGUAGAACAUAUUAAUGAAGCAUUUUGUGAUGAGGAAGUAGUGGGAAGUGAUGAGAUUGGAGUUUUUGAUUACGAGAAGGGAAUUUUUAAGUCACUGGAAGAAAAUUUUGAAGAUUCAGAGCUCUUUUGUUGGCAGCCUCCGUCGUGGAUCAAUUUAUUAACAUAAGAUAUACUUUUUAA